AUGUCCAACCAAAGUAUUGUGACUGAGUUUCUUCUCCUGGAAUUCUCUGAUAUUUGGGAGCUGCAAAUUCUAUACUUUGCAGCAUUUUUCAUCAUUUAUCUGACAUCACUGACCGGAAAUCUUCUGGUGACCAUUGUUGUAGCAUUCAACCAUAGCCUUCACACUCCAAUGUACUUUUUCCUAGUGAAUUUAUCAAUGGUAGACCUUGGUUACAUCUCAGUCACCAUCCCUAAAGCCAUAACUAAUUCCUUAUUGGCCACUUGGCAAAUUUCUUAUUCUGAAUGUUUGGCUCAGGUCUUCUUCUUUAUCUUUUUUGUUUCAUCAGAAAUCUAUCUCUUGACUGUGAUGGCCUAUGACCGAUACGUGGCCAUCUGCAAUCCACUUCAAUAUGAGCAGCUUAUGAACAAAACAGCCUGCAUUCGAAUGGUAGCCAGUGUGUGGAUUGUUAGCCUUUUUAAUGCUGCUUUGCACACCACUUGCACAUUUGCAAUAACCUUCUGUUCCAAUGUCAUCAACCAGUUUUUCUGUGAAAUCCCACAGCUUCUUCAGAUCUCUUGCUCUAAGUCAUAUGAUCUUGAAGACGGAGCUGUGCUCUUUUCUACUCUGUUUGCUGUAGCUUGUUUUGCAUUCAUUAUUAUUUCCUAUUUGCAGAUUUUUAAAGCAGUGCAGAGGAUCCCAUCUCUACAGGGAAGGAAAAAAGCCAUCUCCACUUGCCUUCCCCACCUCCUUGUCCUUUUCUUGUUCUACUUCACUGGAUGCACUGCUUUCUUAGGACCUAUCUUUACAUCUUCAGGAGAGAGGGGUCUGGUACUUACUGUGAUGUAUAUAACCAUUCCUCCCUCCAUGAAUCCCAUAAUUUAUAGUAUAAGGAAUAAAGAGAUCCUGACAGGUGUUUGGAGGCUUUUGGGCAAAAGUAAAUUUUGCAAUUUCAUGUACAAACUUGGGGUUUCAGCUUUUUUUUUUAAGAAACGAAGAAACAAGCAAAAGCGACCAACUUUUCCCAAAGCAUUUUCAAUACAAAUUACUGUGUAA